GAGGUCUCCAUCGAUUUACCAACGAUAGAGAUAGAGAGAUUUUUCAUAGAAAAAUGGUCAAAUUGUCAUUUGUUCUUGUAUCGUUUGGGCUGCUCCUGCUUGCGGUCCCUCAGAAAGCCGAACCUGAUGUAGUCCAACAGGUUGCCGAUGGAUUCCACAAAAUUUUCUCAGCUGUAGCUGCCGUUGCCGAAGACAUUAGAGAUGGAAAAGGCCGCGAAAAGUUCCAACAAAUCAAAGAUUUGAUUGUGGGAUUUUUGAGCAAUUCGGGUGAUCGCAGUGCCAGACAGAAACGUGCCAUCCACACGAUGAUGUCCAUGACGAAGGGAAAUCAAACCCACUAUCAACAAGUUGUGAUGGCCAAAAGCUGGGACAAAGAUCACGAAAAGUACAUGGGAUGGAAGAAAGCUCAGGCAAUGGAUACCAACUGUUUGGUGAAAAAUAACGAAGUCUACUAUUUGGACUACAUGGUCAGCAUCAUGAUCAAGGUCCUGGAAGAGAUGCAAAAAACUAUCCGAGGAAAGGCUAUCGCUGUCAAAAUGAAUGGCGAUCGGUACAAUCAAGUGAGAUACAACAGCAGCGCGAAGGCUGUGCAACAUUGAAUAAAAUAAAACUAUGCUUGAAAGGGGGAAAAUAAACAAAAAAAAAUUGCA